AUGACGACUUCGUACGCCGGCGUUGUGGAAGGUGGCACAACCAGAACGACCUCGUCUACGACCAAGGAGACAUGCGCUACUAUCUACGGAUGCGAGGUGGAGGAUGACAAUUCGUCGACCCAGACUUUUGAUGGUUGCACUGUCACCCCGGUGGCAAAGCGCGAGGUUGUCGCAACGCCAACCCCAGUUCAAGGAGCUGCUGGUACCCUUGAGGAGAGAUCUCGACCGUUCCUGCAAGCUAGAGCCAAAAAGAAGAGCCCAUGCCAAAUUGGGGAUGCCUUGAUCAUACCUGACAACCCUGAAAAUGUCCAGGCCAUCCGCACCUGGCUCGGGGACGUCAACAAUAACCCAAAGAAGCAGCCAUGGUCAUACACAGAGAUCAAGUCCGAUAGGGCGAAGUUUACUGCCUUUUUCCACGUUGUCCAGCUUGACCGUGCAAGCUUGGACACACUUAGUGGCGCCAAAGGGAUCUACGGUAUUGACGACAUAUACUACCUCUCUGAGAUGAAUGCAGAGGCUAAGGCCAAAACGGCAUUGGCGGACGCUCAAACGCCACGGCCUGUUACCGAUAUCUGGCAGGGGAAGUUCCCUGGGUCCGGUGGUGGCGGCCCAGCAGUUGUUCCUCGGCACUUCUCCCGAGAUCAGUCACCUGGGAACCUUACCUCUUCAACUGAGAUACCAGAUAUUCAUCGCGACCUCAAUGAGACUAUCUCUGGAGUCCUUCGUAAGAGGAACGACUAUGGGGAACACGAAACGGCGGAGUAUUGGGAGCUUUCUCAGCUUUCGGCACCUCCCUCGUACACAGGAUUUAAGUCAUGGAGGAGGUCUGGGACCCCAGCAAGAACGCAGGACCCCAAGAAACCCGACAGAUGGUUCAACACAUAUUGGUACCCCAAAGGCACUGGCCUAACGCAGUACAUAUACAAUAUGGAGUCGGACAUAGAUACCAGCCAUGCAGAGUUCCAAGGGUUAGGCGGGCGUUUGAUCAGGUGGCCUUACUCGUCGCCGUACGGUGGCGACGCGAAAACACCCAAGCCUGUCUCCGCUUCCGAUUGGAAGCACGGGACCGCUGUCUCAUCCAAGAUUCUCGGAAACCUCCUCGGGGCCGGCAGAGAGGUCACCAUGGUCUUGCCAGUCAACCCAGGAAGUGGAUUCACCUACACAGGCAACUCAGGCGCAAAAACCAGAUAUUUCGAGGAAGCAGCCGUGCUUGAGACAUUUAUACGAGUUAUGGAUGACAUUCUUGAUUCUGCGAACAACAAGGAAGGCCGAGCCAUCAUCAACUAUUCUGGCGGCAUGUUCACGGAUGGUGCCAGCGAGGCCAGGAUCAGGAUGCUAUACAAAAUUAUCAAGAAGCUAGACCAGUAUAACGUGCUCGUUGUCGCCGCUAUCCACAAUUCCUACAAGGAGAGAGGUGAUAACAUUGAUGCUUACCCAGCCGGUUGGGGCAAUGUCUCUCGCGCCGACUACCUCAGCAACGUCCUUUCGGUGGGCGCAGUGCAGCAAAGUCAGCGUGUAGCAACCUUCGCCCCUUACCAACAAUGGGUUACUUAUGCUCCAGGUGAAAAGACUUACAUCGCUGUUCCUGGAAAGGGUGUCGCGACGGACGACGGAAGCUCAAUGGCGGCACCCCUGGUUGCAGCAAUGGCUGCCAAUCUCCGCUCUUUGCCGUCAAAGUGGAAGGAGGACCUCAAGGAUCCGAAACGCCUCAAGGCCCUCAUCAAGAUACUUUCCCGGCCUCUCCCUAUGGGAAAACCCGACAAGAACCCUGCAAAGCCAAAGAUUCCAGUGGGCAAGAUCGAUACCUUGGUCAGCACAGCGUGGAAUGGUCAAGUGUUUAACCUUGGCCACUGCCUCCUUGACACCACCGAAGCCAAGGGCCAAGGUGGCAAUGCGCAGCUGGACAAGGUUUGCCCUAAGAUUGAGGACAUCAAAAAACCAGACGCAGAUAAGCUGUUUAGCCCCCCCGGCGGUGGUGGUGACAGCGGUGGUGGCAGUGGCGGUGGUGGGCCAAGCAGAGAUCCUAUCGAACACAAGCCCGGUCCUGCCGGACCCCUUUGCAACAAGCCCAUUGGACUUGGGAAACGAGACGGCCAGUGCGGGAAGAUAUGCACCGGUUACUACUGCACGCCGACGCCGGUCGGGCCACCCCCCGACUAUCACGACCCGGAGGACCCAGCGCACAAGGUCACCAGGCCUCCGAUGCCGACAUUGACAGGAGCGCCAGACCUCGGUAACUGUCCCAAGACGACGACGCGGCGCUGCGUAGGAAGUGGUGGUCGCGAGACCUGCGAGGACGUCACCAUCUGUGCGCCGACAACGGCAGUCCCUACUCCCACGGCACAACCUACCCCAACAGCAGCGCCGCAGCCAGCCACAUGUCGCAUCCAUAUCGCCCAGCACCACUGGUUCAGCUGGACCUCUAACGCCAACGCAAUGUUUAUGGAAGUCACUUCUUAUAUCAAUGAAGUACGACAGAACUACGAAUCGGCAAAUACGGACUUUGGCAUCUCGAUGACGUGGUACAAGGCAAGCUCGAAAUUCCCGACGGAUCUUCAGGUUGAUAUUCGCAAGGAAAAGGGAGCUGUGAACUUCAAGAGGGACAGGCCGGCACCGGGCGAGAACCUCGAGAGAAAGAGGCUGUUCAUGUCGUUUGAUCUUUACUUCACAGCCGGCAACCAGCACUGGUCGAGCGGGAACAGGGACGAAAGCAGAAUGCCGUUUUGUCGGGUAGGGGCAUGGGAUGAGAACUCGUGGGAUGGUAUUAAUCAUCUUCAACCGAGCCGACGGAUGGACUGCUACUGGAGGUGUUAGUGCAGAACAUGUCCCCGACGCCUCCAUAGAUGCACAAAAUACCCUCAUUUUACCGAGCCCAUGCCUGUAAUGAUUGAUCACAUUGCGAGUUUUAAUUGUUCUUUGCUGUGCGAGGGUUGAAUAGACAGAGGGCAAUGAUGCCCCACAUAAGACUUAGCUUCAGAGUUCCGACAUGCAACUUGCCAGCCAUGCGCCUCUGUUUUUAUAUUCCUGUGUCGCCGAAAUCUCCCGUCAGCAGAGCUGCUGAUCACGAUCACUGCCCUUUUUCCUAAGUUUCUACGCGCCUUGCUGUUCUCUCCCUUCGAUGACUACUCACUAUGACCCAAUGCCGAUGAUCGUUCACGGUGCGGCCUUGGUGAGCUUCGUCUGGACCUGCAUUAUCGUUUCCGUCCAAGGGAUUGGUAUCUACAAAAUGUACGACUUGGACGUCCCCACCAUCGUACCGCCUCCGGUGUUUGCUCACAAUCUCCUCUCUGCGUCUUCAGCCUCCGGAAUAACUCUGCUCCUCACGCGAAACCUUUCUCCCCGACCCUCAAGGAAGAUGAUGUGCCGAAAGUGCUAUGGCGCCAAGACCCACGAGCAUUCUGCAGGAUGCAAGAUGCUGAGGAUGAUCGGAGGCAUAGCACGACGAGCAUAUCGCAGGAUGCGAUGUGCUAAGGGUGACCGGGGCCGUAGCAGGACGAGCACCUUAAGGUCC